AUGUUUGGUUUGGCCAUGGGUGAUGCCCUUGGUGCUCAUGUGGAAUUCAGGCCUCACAGUUAUUUGCUGGCUAAUCCAGUUAAAGACCUAGUAGGGGGAGGAACAUGGGGUCUACAAAAGGGACAGUUUACUGAUGAUACCUCAAUGGCACUUUGUUUGGCUAAUUCACUAAUUGCUUGUCAAGACUUUGUUCCAUAUGAUCAAUUAGUUCGCUACAAAUGGUGGUAUCGACAUGGCUACAUGUCAUCGACUGGUCAAUGUUUCGACAUUGGUGCAGCCACCCGACAGUCUAUCGAAGAAUUUGAAACACGCCAAAGAAAGUUUGCACAUGAUCAUGAUAUACCAUUAGAUGAAAUGGACUCGCUAUCUGAUCGUGAUCUUCUUCAAGCCUUCGACGUGAAAUGUAGUAAAGAGGAUGUGGCUGGUAACGGAGCUCUAAUGCGUCUCGCACCUGUGCCACUCUUCUUCUACCGAAACCCAGAAGUCGCCAUUGACUAUUCUGGUAUUAGUGGUCGAAUCACUCAUGGAGAUGACAAAGCUUAUGAUGCCUGUUGUUAUUAUGGAGCUCUCAUCAUAGCUGCCCUGAAUGGUGCAAAGAAAAGCGAGCUGAUUAGUAAAACAUUUUAUGAUGAGCAUCGAGAAUGGUUUGGCAAUCGAACCCUUCAUUCUGAAAUCAUGGCGAUUGCUCAGGGAUCAUACCAAAAACCAGGCGGAUAUCAAGAUGGAAUUCGAGGGAAAGGAUACAUUGUCAAUGCUCUCGAGGCCGCUUUGUGGGCGUUUUGGAGUGAUGAAGACUCAUUCGAAACAGGAGCACUUAAAGCUGUUAAUCUGGGUGAUGAUACAGACACAACAGCAGCUAUCUAUGGUCAGUUAGCAGGAGCUUACUAUGGCUACAAGAAAUUGCCAGAAAAAUGGCUGGAAUGCAUGUAUGCCAAAGAUUUCAUUUUAUGUGUAAGUAGUUGGAUUUCAUACGAGGGAGAAGCAUGGUUUAAAAAUCAGAUGAUUCCGGAUACAAGCGUACUAAUUAAUACCGGAGCAAGAGGCUAUCAUACGUCACUUACAAAUCGAGGAAGCAGAGACGAAGUUGAAGCAUACAAUCGAAGAUUUGAAGCAUGGUCUGAGAGUUUUGGAGGAGAAACAGGAUUUGAUCAAUGA